GGGAACAGGGGACAAAGAGAGUCAGGGGUUGGAGGUGCCGCCUCUGCUCUGGAUCCCUCCCUCCUCUCCCUCCUCCUCCUCCUCCUGCUCCAUCCCUCUUGCAAUAUCCUACACGCCCGUUUGAAUUUUCAGUCGCUCUUCGAAAGACCAAAUUUGUCAUUUUAAAUGCUCCCACAUCUUCCCUUGUUCUCUAUCCCGUUUUCCUCUGUACAAUCUCAGACCUACCUCACAAUUGGUGUCACCUAAGCAUUUUCUGUGAAUUAUUUUCAAUCUGUACUCCUUUAGUUUUGACAUUGUAAUUUUUCUUCUCGAAAAACUAUACAUUUAAGAUCAAGAAAGUGCAUGGGAUUGGGAGCCACAAAAUAACAGUCAGAAGAGUUUAAAAUUGGGAAGGAACUUUGUGGAUUUAUAGAAGUUCAAAAAAAAGAAAAUAAUGAGACCUGAGAGUGACAAAUUAUCCAAGUCAUGGUGGUUUCUAAAUCAGGAUGUUAAGAGAAAAUGACAAAAAUUACUCCAGUGGAAUUAAAACCAUCAACAUGACAACCACAGAAGAUCCAGCUACAAAGAGCCAGGAAAGGUUUCGUUGCCAACCAGAUGUUCCUUUACCUGCUAAAGAACCCCGGGCAAAAUCUAGACCCAGAGACAAUAAAAGAGCUAAAGGAAAAAUUAACAUGCGUUCUCCUUCUGGACUUUUCAUUAUCUUAGGGCUCUUUAUCGUCAUGGUGGGGAUCGCUAUAGCAGUUGUCGGCUACUGGCCACAUAAGCAUAAUUCUCGAGUGUCAGUGAAUCACAAAGGUACAAACUCUAGUGAGACCCAACAUGCAAGAGUAAGGCUUCAGUCUCAACUUGGGCUCAAGCAUGAGAAGCUGAAAUUGAUUGGCCCACUGAUUAUGGGAUUUGGGUUGUUCAUAUUCAUCUGUGCAAACACAGUACUACAUGAAAACCGGGACAGAGAAACCAAACUUUUAGCACAAAGGAAUAUUUAUUCUAUGGCUUGCCAAGCUUGCAAUGGAGAGAAUAAAGAACCAAAACCGAUGCAACUCGGUCCCAGUCCUCUCUCCACAGACACCAGUUUUCAGUAUUUGGAACAGUGCUGUGCUAGUGAAAAAGCCAGCAGGGCAAACCUAGGUCAAGCAGAGAUAUGGACCAAUUGUCGCAUGUCUGUUAAACAGAAGAUGACUGCCCAACUGCUGCAUCAUAAAAGGCCUUCUCCUUCCAUCUCUCUUCAUAGUGUCCAGUCAGACUCCUGCAACUCCAGUGAAAGAAACCUCAAUGUUCCCUUGAACUGUGGCAUUGACUCCCUGGUUUCCACAUCUGUAAUAUUACCAGUUAUUAAAUUGAACAAUUGCAUCAUUGAUACUCCUGUUACUACUACAGUGAUAGAAGGUGUUGAACUAGACCGGAAAAUGGUAAUGGUUUCCACUGAAGACAUAAGCCAGCUGCAGAAUUAUGGUUACAUUCGGUCCGGUAGUAUCCACAGUGCUGAUGAUGCUCCCUGGCUUGUGGACAUGGACUAUUCCUUGCCUGAGAAAUCAUUCUCCAACAGGUUCAUUGGAAAAUUGUUGUCUCAAGGCAUCGCCAGGAAAGUGUAUGGUUCAGACAUGCAACUACACACGUGUACUUACUCCAAAUCAUUUGACCUUGGGAAGGAUGCGAGGCAGCUCAGUGAGCACCAGGUUGAACAAAAACACAGGAGUUGGCCACGUUUAGAUUGCAGUUCUAUUAAAAAAUAUCUGAGACUGGAAAACCGAGAAGACUCUGUGGACCGGUUACUUGAACAGAUUGAGCGUGAGUAUGCCACUGAGGAACAAAAUAUUCAGGAACUCAGCACCCCAGAGGAAUGA